AUGUCGAAGCAAGACCCCGCCCGAGACCUCGGAGAUGAAGGCCGAGUGAUUAUUCUUACCUCCACAAACAUCCUCGGUUUGCAUCACUCGCUGCGGUUCGUUCCUCGUAUGGCACGUCACAUUCUUCGCCGUGCUUGCUCGUGGGUGUGCCGGCAAUGUGCCGGCAAUACCGCCCAUUCUGCAUUCUGCAUCUUAUUGGUAUUUCUCAUUUUUUCGCUCUCGGCUAGACUGUCUAGCCUCUCGAACGUCAUGUCGCAGUCCCAUUCAAUCCCUGUCACCGUUCCGCCGAGCUCGCUCAGACAUUGUCACCAUUUCGCAGCGCAUGUCAAGAAAAAGCCCAAGAAGCUUCCGACCAACGAGAUUGAAGCCCGGGAAUUAAAAGAGUGGGUCCAGGAAACAGUGAUUCAGGAGGUCAGAGCAGACCAUGUUGGAUUGCCGUUCAUCAAUUUGUGCAAUGAGGUGCGGACGUUUAUAAGUCCCAUUGCGACCCCGGCAUGGUAUGUGUGGGCUGCGACGUUCCUCCCCGACCUGAAGACUCGCUUCGAAGAGCAGAAAAUCAGAGACGCCAUAGACACUGCGUUCGGCAACGCCGAGAUCGACGAGCAACAAUGCUCAUCCCUUAGACGCUUGCUGAGGGGGGAGCAGCCAUCGGCUGCUGAAGCGGCCACAUCCACGUCUGACGACGAGUCAGGCAACGACUCAAAUGUCGAGAAGUCUAAGGUAUUGACCAAUGAUGGGCAGAGCUAUGUCGACGUCGCCGUCCCGCUUGCUCUCGAUUCUUGUUCCGAUUUAAACUGCAAAAAGCGAAGACGUCUCACUCCGUACUAUCCAGAUCACACACCCGGAGCCCCUAUUGCGACGAACGGUGCGACAGAGGUGGUGGAGCCCAAGGCCACGACGAAUGAGAGAGCGCCGGUCGAGAAUGAUGCGGUUCCUUCCGGUGGCCUGCCAGAUCGUAUCACCCCCGAUGCGAAGUCUGCCAUCGUCACGAAUGUGUCAUCCCCUGUGAUUGCGGUUUCUAUGGACAAGAAGACACAGCCUGCCCUGGGCAUCCCUGAUUUCAACGUUAGCGGCAGCAAAGACGCGAAGCCCGCUCCUUCGUCAGACAGCAACCUACCAGUGGUAGCUAGCAGCAAGGAUGCCGCCGCCGCCGUCGCCGAUUCCAAGCACGCACUCGUUGCCACCGACGAGCGAAAUGCGCCGGCGGAUUUCGAGUCUGACAGCACGGUCAGCAACGCACUCUCCGUCAUCGCUGCUGACGUUUCCGGUGACACCGCCUACGGCGGAUGGCGACAGCAGUGUACCCGGUGCUACAGGAAGAACUUAGAUUGCGUCCCGCUGAAAGGGAAGAGGUGGUGCACAGAGUGCAAAUUCUCUCGUAAGGGCUGCAGCAUGGUUUCGGUGGCAUCCUCUCAUGAACAGGUUGAAACGCGCGUCAAAAUUGGUGAGAAGCUUCUUUUCUUUCUGUCAGCGAAUCUAAUAGAUCUGCAAGCAAACCCAGAAGUAGGAGCUGCCGGUCUCAUUGUCAGCCCACGUCCGGAUCUCAGUCCCGACCGGUAUCACAUUGCCAUUCGUCAUUUGGAAGAGGAGGAAAAAAACUAUGAGGUAAAGAUAGCAAUUUUGGAGGACAUUCUUGCUUCCAUUAGACUCCGCAAGGAAGAUUACAAGUCUAUGGCUAGUAAUCACGCUGCGAAUAUGGCCGUGUAG